AACCGUUUCACAUUUGUAAACAAUUCCGGAAUAUUAAAUGAUCUAAAAUUAGAAAAAUAUACGAUUUAUUAAUAAAAGAGCAGAUCCUUGUUAUUAAAACUUAUUUACACUAAGAGAAACCAUCAAUUUCAGCAACAGCAUCAUAUUACAUUAUUGAUAUGAAGCUCACCGAUCAAGUUGUACGAAGUUUUAAAGUUGCAAAAGUAUUUCGAGAGAAUCAAGAUAAAAUCAACAGCAUUGACUUCUCAGCAAAUGGCGAAAAAUUAAUAAGCUGCAGCGAUGAUGAUCAAAUUGUUUUGUACGAUUGUGAGAAAGGGACUCAAACAAGAACAGUUAAUUCAAAAAAAUAUGGUGUAGAUUUGAUUAAUUUUGCCCAUGGAAAUUCGACAGCAAUCCACAGCUCAACAAAGGUUGACGACACAAUCCGGUAUUUGAGCUUACAUGACAACAAAUAUCUUCGUUAUUUUCCUGGACAUACAAAGAAAGUUACUUCCUUGAAAAUCUCACCAAUCGAUGACACCUUUAUUUCGGGUUCGCUUGACAAAACGUUACGAUUGUGGGAUUUAAGGUCGCCAAAUUGUCAAGGAGUGAUGCAUUUACAGGGAAGACCAGUUUCAGCCUUUGACCCUGAAGGAUUAAUUUUUGCCGCUGGAGUAAACUCAGAAUCUAUUAAGCUCUAUGAUUUAAGAUCAUUCGAUAAAGGGCCUUUUGUAACAUUCUUGCUGAAUCAAGAGAAAGAAUGCGAUUGGACAGGAUUGAAAUUUUCAAAGGAUGGAAAAACAAUUCUGAUCAGCACAAAUGGAUCAAUUAUUCGAUUGAUUGAUGCUUUUCAUGGAACACCAUUGCAAACAUUUACUGGUCACAGUAACAAUAAAGGAAUCCCAAUCGAAGCCUCGUUCAGCCCUGACUCGCAAUUCGUCUUUUCUGGAAGCACUGAUGGCCGUGUUCACGUUUGGAAUGCUGAUAGUGGAUAUAAAUUGUGCGUCUUGAACGAUAUGUAUAAUUUACCACCAGAAGUGCUCACAACCCUAUUCGAUUAUCUUGACACAGAAAGCUUAGCCACAAUAACAGAGUGCUCGAGAAAAUUCAACGAUAUUGUAUCAAACAGCGAACGUCUCACGAAGAAAUUUACGCUUUACUUACGUUACCCACAAGACUUAAAUUCAUUUGCAGAUACCAUGUUGGAUUCGGAUCGAAGAUACCGAAAUUUACACAUAAUAAAAUCUCGUGAUAGGUUUGGUGAACUAAGUAAUCCCAUAAUGACGCAUCGUCUCUUUCCUCGUCUUGGAGAAAUGAUUCGAACUUUGAGAGUCGAUUGGAGUAACAACAUGGGAUCACGAGAUACGUCACUUUUUGAAAUAGUCAAUCGAAGACGAAUAGAAAAUAGAGAAGGUGGCCACAUGGAUCUUCAUAUCGAACAUACAAUUGCAACUCAAACAGUGGCAAAUGCCCGUGAGGAUAUUUACAAUGAGUUUUUCCAUUUUAUUCGAUAUUUCGCCAACAUUCAAACGUUAUCUCUAUACAACGUUCAUUUAGAACGUGCUCGUCAAGCUAACGAACAAAUUUUAUCGUUUCCAAAUUUAAAAGAGCUCAAAGUAUCGCAUUGCGAUGCUUUUUGUUUUGAUCUCCUUUCAUCGUGUACGCGAUUAACAAAACUCAAUGUCAAAGAACCUUUUUGGACAUCAAGAAAUCCAGGCAUUGACUCUUUCGAAACAUUCUUAAUAAAUCAGUUGAAACUGAAAGAGCUUCGUUUGGAGAAUCUUCAAUAUCCACGCUUAUUUCAAAUUGAUCGAACUGAUGAAAUCAUCUUCAGAUUGGAGCAUCUUGUCUUAAAAAACGUUUUCUUUGCUGACAAAGAUAUCGCCACAAGAUUUUUUCGCAAUCAAAUUCAUUUACGAACGAUUCAGUUUCAACUACAUAACGAGAGAGUUAGAGGGCUGGACAAUCUUGGAUGGUAUAACAAUUUGUUAAAGACAAUUGUCAUGUACAACAGACAUCUCCAUUCAAUUAAGAUUGAAAAGAUUCGAUAUAAGAUUAAGGAAUAUGGUUUUCUAUCCAAUGUCGUCAAUCGAAGUGUUAAAAAACUUUCGUAUAUGGUCACAGCAGAAGAUAAAUCAUCACAGCUGUUCAAAGUUUUCGUGAGAAUGUUUCCAAAUCUCGAGGAAAUUCAUUUUAAGGCUGAGGAGAGUGAAGAUACCAACAGUGGAAUUUGCUUCAAUGAAGGAACAGUUUUGGAGAAAGUUAAAACAUUGGAAAUCACCAACAGUUCUGUUCGCUCACUUGUCAAUCUGUAUGCAGGUUCGUUAGUAAAUUUCUCAUAUGUCCCUGGAAAAACUGGCGAAUUUAUUGAUGAUCUCUUUGGAGGAUUCUUUCAUCGUCAUCGAAACAUUAAACAUCUCAUUAUUGGCAGUCGUUCAGAUCGAUCUUACUUCUUUGUUUCAUUUAAUCUUUGCCAACUCAUUGUCAACUUUCUCACUCAACUCGAAUCGAUUACAAUUUUUAAUUUCGCUGAAGUUAAUAAGUCUGUGAAAUUGCUAUGCAACUUACAAAAGCUCAAAUCUUUGACAUUGUCAGAGGAGGAUCAUCAACAAUUUACGGCCAAAACUAAAGUUGAAUGUUCUCGGAAUGAAUUGAAACUCAUUCCGGUAGCAAUUCCUGAUCUUUAA